AUGAGCGCAACACCCGCUGCGCCCUCAAUUGCAGGAAGCCGCAGACCUCGUGCGAAAACACCCAAAGCACUUCCUGCUGUACCUACUGGAAAGUCACACGCCUAUGGUGCUGUUGGUAAGGUCGAGCUUUCGACACAACUCGAGGAUCCCUCUGGCAGCGCUGGUGGGUUUGCUGCCCGCUUUCUUGCAGAUAGAGGUGCUGCUGUCACUCGCGACAUUGGUGAUGCUGCUGCUGCUGCUGCACCCGAUACCUUGCCUGCCCCUCUUACAAACACGACCAAGACAACCACCACUACCAGGCCAGUCAGCACUAUUCCGGCCACUUCCAAAUCGUCUAUUGCUACCACUAGCGUCCGACCAACACAGAAGAUUACAACGCCUUAUUACCUGCGACCUCAGGCUCAUGAUAGUACUGAUAAUGACGACUCUGAAGAUGAUUAUCAGCCCGCCGGCUUCGUACCCACUGGUGGCUCUUUGUUCCGUCGAGCGCCGUCUACAGGCGCUGGUAGCUUCACCGACCUGGAUACCCAAUUCUCCUACGAAGCAUCGAUGCCGCCCUCCACCAGAUCUCGGAGGGUUGCAGAAAUGCGGCCUCCGCCUACGACACAGGAGAGAGAAGCUGCUCGACCCUGGAGAGUUUCCGUCUUCUUCGAGACGUUGCACCGUCGUUGGCAGGACUUCGAGAUACCUUGGGACAAAUUUUCGCAGCAAAUCAGGAGGAUUUGCCUUGCUCUUCUGACAGCGUUCCUGCUUCUCUUUCUCUUUGGGCCAAGCAGAUGGCUCAGUCUUCUGGAAAGAGGCACGAAUGCAUGUUAUAAGGCUGGCGAGUACGUCAUCAGCCCGCUCUCAUAUGUUCAACGAAGCGUCUUUGGUUCUGGUGAAGACAAGUUGUCUAGGCGCCUGCAGACUUUAGAGCUCGACAUGCAAGGUGUCAGAAAUCAAGUACGAGGCCUGAACGCCGAGGGAAUUGAGCGGCUGCAAUCAAUCCUACCAGAGCAGAUCAUGGUACGCAGAAAUCCUGAGACUGGCGAGCUGGAAUACCCUCCUGGUUUCUGGCAAGCUAUAGACGCAAAACUGGAUCAGCGCGACAAUGCAAAUAUUUGGGACCAAUUUAUGCAAGCCAACCAAAGGAAACUUGAACGGCAUGCCCAAGAUAUCGUCCAGAGAACACUAAAACACCAAAAAAUCAUCAGCAAGCAAGACUUAGCUGCUGCUGUCAGCGAGAACCAUGCAGAAUUUCAAGAAAACUUUUCAGCACAGCUCCGUGCAUUGGAGAAAUCGGAGCCUUCAGAUUGUUGGUGUGCUGCUGCAUCAGACGAUAAGGGCAAGGCUCAGAUAGGUGUGAUCAUCCCUCGCGCUAUGAUUCCAACUAGUAUUACCAUCGAGCAUAUGCCCUCUACAGGCACUCUCGACAUUGGAGCAGCGCCUAGAGAAUUCGAGAUCUGGGUUAGAAGUCAAGCUGGUGUCGAAGCACCUCAACCUUACAAUUCUCAUCUGGGUUGUGGAGAAGCGCCCGAGUCUGGCCUCGUCUGUAUCGGGAAGGCAUCGUACGACAUUCACGCAGUCAACCACGUUCAGAAUUUUGAUCUCGAGGAUGUCGACGGAGCAAUUGGCUUCGUUGACUUUGCCAUCAUCAGAGUCAUAAACAACUGGGGACAGGACUGGACAUGCAUCUACCGUAUCCGACUGCAUGGUGAGCCGGAACCAGCCGAUUUCAAGAGCAGUGAUUCGGGCGAGCUUUAA